AUGACACCUUCAGCAGAACCAGCCACAGGGCAGAGUAAUUCAUAUCGCAAUGGCGAUCCACAACUCGCCGUUAUGGACGAGGAAGCAGAGCAGCCUCCCAAGUUCGACGACCCUUACCAGAAACAUAGAUACUUGAAACACCGCCUUGCUCUUGCCUUUCGAAUCUUCGCCAAGUUUGACCUUUCAGAGGGAGUUGCAGGCCACAUCACAGUUAGAGACCCGAUGGAUCCAACUAGUUUUUGGGUCAAUCCGUUCGGAAUUCAUUUUUCUUUGAUUGAAGAUACCGAUCCUAUCCGUGUCGACCGCUCUGGCAAUACUCUGGACAUGCUAACGCAAGAUUUCUGUGUAUUAUGGAACGACCAUGUGCUGUACUCCAACUUCGCUGGUCUCGUUCUGGCUACAGCGGAGGGAAAGGCGAUUGCUGCAGCCCUGAGGAAUAAAAAGGCGGCAUUGUUAGCCAAUGAUGGACUGAUGACAGUAGGUCAGAGCAUUAAGGCUACAAUCCAACUUGCGGCAGAUGCAAGCGCCACAGGCACUGGCAGGUCGCUGGUGACAAUCGGGGAAGAUGAGGCACGGGCCACGUGGGUAUCAGUUGGCACUAUAGUGCAAGACAUGCCAACUCUGUAG